UUCACAUCUUGUUAACAGGAUGAAAUUGAUGAUGAGUGUGCCUGAACUAUCCCAGAGAGGAAUAUAACCAGAGGAUAGUUUUAGAAUUCUAGAGAUAUUCACAGAGAUAGAAAGAUAUUAUAUCUGAACUAUCUUUACCUUUGAUCAUCCCUGUUAUCACCAUGAAUGAGGAACCAGUCAAUUCAAGCAAUUAUGAAUACUUCAAUGAUUAUAGUGCCAUCCCUACCAGUACAGAUUAUUUCUUUGGUGAUGGAGUGCUUUGUUUUAUGGGGGAUGUCAGAAACUUCACAAUGUAUUUUGUACCAAUUGCAUACUCCUUUAUCUGUGUCUUUGGCCUUCUGGGGAACAUUUUAGUGGUGAUCACCUUUGCUUUCUACAAGAAAGCCAAAUCCAUGACUGAUGUCUAUCUCUUUAAUAUGGCCAUAGCAGACAUAUUAUUUGUUCUUACUCUUCCAUUCUGGGCUGUAAAUCAUGCUACAAAUUCAUGGAGAUUUAGCAACAUUGUGUGCAAACUGACUACAAGUAUAUAUGCCAUCAACUUUAACUGUGGAAUGCUUCUCUUAACUUGUAUCAGCCUGGACCGAUACAUUGCUAUUGUACAGGCAACCAAGUGUUUUAGGCUUCGAACACGGACAUUAGCAUACAAGAAGAUGAUCUGUCUGAUGGUGUGGCUCUUCUCAAUCAUAAUCUCUAGCUCAACUUUUAUAAUUAACCAAAAAUACACAACACAGGGGAGGGAGGUAUGUGAAGCCAAAUACCACAUGACCUCUCAGGCAGUCAAAUGGAAAAUACUCAUUUUGUCUCUUCAGCUUCUUUUUGGUUUCUUUAUCCCUUUGAUGUUCAUGAUAUUCUGUUACAUGUUCAUUGUCAAAACUUUAGUGCAGGCUAACAAUUCUAAGCGGCAUAAAGCCAUCCGGGUGAUUAUUGUGGUGGUCCUCGUUUUUUUGGUCUGCCAAGUGCCCCAUAACAUGGUUCUUCUGGUGGUUGCAAACAAUACAGGUCGGCAAAGAUCCUGCAGUGAUGAGAAGCUCAUAGCUUAUACAAGGAGUGUCACAGAAGUUCUGGCUUUCCUGCAUUGCUGCCUCAACCCAGUACUUUAUGCAUUCAUUGGGCAGAAAUUUAGGAAUUACUUUCUGAAGAUUAUGAAGGAUCUAUGGUGUGUGGGCAGGAAAUAUAAGUCAGCAGGCUUCUCUUGCUCUAAGAUCUAUUCUGAAAGCUACAUUUCUAGACAGACUAGUGAAACUUUUGAGAAUGAGAAUGCUUCAUCUUUUACUAUGUAGUGUACUAUACUUAAAAUAAUCACAACAGAUUUUAGAAAACUAUGUCAAAGAAUGUUCUUAUCAUCCAUAGCAUAGUCGCUUCUAGAUUGUUUGGAAGUAGUAAAAGAACAGCAUGGAUCAUUGAAAACUGAAAAAAAAAAUAGAAACUAAAAGAUCCCUAACUAUUUUUAGUCAAUAGGUUAAAAACUCUUACAUAACUAAAUCUCUUUCAAGCUUGAACUUCCAUCUCUUUAAUUCCUCUACCUACUCUCAAGCAUUACAGUGAAGUUAAAUAAUCAUAAAACAGGCAGUAGGAAUUGGGAAGCAAGCAACUUAGAAUAGCCAAGCUAGGAAAAUGUCUCCUGGUGGAAUAAGAAGUGGUUAUGUUAACAGAAAUUCAUUAAAUAUUAGAUGGAGAGUGAGAAGAAACUUUAGAAGAUACCUAGCUCAACCCAGUAAUAUAAAAGUAUGGAUAUUGAGAAUCUGAAUGAUUAAGAUACUUGCCUACUUCACAUAGGCAAUACAUUUUAGAACUGGUAUUUGAACUCAGAUUCUUUUCCAAAGUAGUUCAGGAACCUCUGUGAAAAAAAAUAGUCAAUAUUGUAGUGGACUGAAAAAAAGCUAAAACUAAAAAAAAAAUCCACAAAAAUCCAAAAAAACCUGGUAAAGAAAUCUCUACUUUUCGUACUUGGUAUCUGUUUUAUAAGCAAUUAGGAAAUUGACUAAUAUUAUUACUAAAAAAAAAAAAAAAAAAAAACUUAUGUUCCAAUAGUUUUUUUUUAACCUUACUUUUACAAUUAGUGAACUUUUCUGAGGCAGAGUAGAAACAGCUUUUAUUUCCUCUAUAUCACAUAGUAGAAAGACUAGGGAAUUCUGAUUAUUUACUCCCCAAGUUAAUCAUUAUAUAUGCAGUAUUUGACUUCCUAAUGAUUCUUUAAAUGAUUUUACUUUGAAAGAGAGGUUUGCUCAGAUAUAUUUUCAAUUACUCUUUCUACCGUGUCUGAGAAAUUACAUAAUCCAGAUGUUUUCUUAAAGUAGCGUGUAAAUACAGAAUAAUCAUUGGGAAAUUAAAAAAAACACAAUAGUCUAUAUAAAAAAUAUUGAAAUAUGUAUCAAUGAAGAAUGCUUCACACAAUACUAGAUUGCAAUUAUAGCCCUUUCCUAAGAUGAUGUCUAAAGAUUAAAGAAAUGUAUAAUUACAUAAGAACUUUAUAAAAUAAAAUCUUAUUACACAUUUUAAAAAGUUUUUACUAGACUGAGGUCUGUUGUUGAAUGAGUAUACCAAUUAUUGCAUUGACAUAUGAAAGUUUGGGAAGUUUUCACUAUCCUAAAUCAUCAGGUACAUGGAAAGUUGCCUGUCAUCCAAGACUCUGAUGAUGUCCUAGAUAACUAGGUGGGGUUGGCAGAAAAAGCCUGAAGUUCUAAUAAUGUUAUUAUAUUACCUGAGGCAAGCAGGAAAGGGCACUAAUGGGAAUCACCUCAGUCCUCUAAUCCACCCCUGUGGAGACCUUAAGAAACCCCACUUUAUUGUAUCGUAUCCAAACAGGAAGCCAAGUUAUGAUGUCAAACCCUCAAUAAUAAGUUUUCUCUAUAAAUCUGCCCAUGCUUUAUACCAUCUUUUACUAAAGCCCUUUUUAGAUGGCCAAGGUGUUCUGCUUCAUGGUAUCUUUCUUUUCAUCCUCUGCCCUGUGGUGUCUUUCUCCUUACCCCAUCUCCCCCAAGUUUCUUGGUACUUUUCUCUUUGUUAUAGCUAACUGACUCUUUUAGGAUGCUAAACUACUCUUUGGAUUUACUUUGUCAAUCAAUGGUGUACUUCCAUCUCAUGACAUGUUCCUUUUCUCCUGAUUAAUUGUGAGUUACAUUAGGAAACUUGUCUUUUCCUUGUUAAAACCCUUUUCCUUGCUAUUUAUUCCUUGCCAAAUCGAUUUCAUAUUUAUCAUUCCUCAUGUCUAUUUUACUUCUUCAUUUUUUCCAUAAUCUCUUCUCAUGAAUAAAGGACCUUUUGGAAAAGAGAAAGCCAUUGUGGAUUUAUCAUAUGUGCCCUGUGCCUUAAGCCUCAUAUUUGAACAAGGGAUUGCUACCCUGACCCCAUUAUCUGGUGUCUACACCAAUCUCAUAAACUCCAGUCAAAAAGAAACAAUAGUUUAUUCAGACAGUCUUCAAUAUAUGACUAAGACAUAAAUGUGAUCUAUGAAUAGAAACAUGUUAACUUUAUUUGAAAACUAGGUCAAUGGCACUUCCUAGAUCAAUGACACAUGGUCAAGGGAUAGACCAUUUUAUAUCCCUUAAUUUUCCUGAUAAAUGAAAUAGCAUUUUUUGUUUGUUAAGGGAAUAGGAGGUAUUUUAAUUUUUGAUGGAAAUCCAACUAGAUUCUAAAUGCAAUUUAAUAUUUACUCUGUGGCACACAGUCAUCUUUUAGACUGUAAGUUCUUAUGCCUUCCUGCAUUGCUGUGAUAGCCUCAGGGUCUAUCAAAGUGUGCAAGGCUAUUUGUUCCUAUAAAAGGCAACUGACCUUUGUGUUUCUACAAUUCUAUUGUCUACUUUUUAUAGCUUUUCUGUAUUCUCAUCGGCUAUUAUUUGUCACAUCUUAUUAGUUUCAGGCUACUUGCCUCUGAAUAAGUUCUCUUUUAAAUUUGCUAGUUUUAUUCUUCUAUAGUCUAACAAAGCAUUUUUAAAGUUGAAUGAAUCACAAGAGUAAACAGACCCUGAGUGAAAGCCCAAGGGACUCUCCUUUGACAAAAGCUAUAGUAUCCUGACUUUGUGAUAUCUCUUUUUAGUCUUUCAAGUGACUUUUGUUUUCUGAAUAAAUAAUAAUAAUGUAUAUUUAUGUACCAUCUCCAUGAAAUUCCUAAUUUGAAAACUCAUUGAGGCAUGAAGACCCAAGGGUUUAGAAGGGUUUAUCAGUGAAGUGAUAAGUUUUUGGUAAUUUCCACCAUCCUGAAAAAAACCUUGAACAGAAUCUUUAGGACAUACCAUCUCUCCUUUCUAAGGACCAGAAUAUAUGAAGUGUGUUAUGGCUCAUUAUUAAUAAUAAAUUAAUGGUUAUAAAUUGGCCCAUUCCUUGGCCAUGUGUCACUAACUUAGGAAAUGCCACUGACCUAGUUUUCCAGUUAUAUGUACCUAAUAAUGGUAGAGUAGUUACUGGUGAUUGCUGUAUUUUUGUAUUAGAAAUUUAUUUUAAAACAAUUCUUUGAUAGACAUAUAAUUUACCAUUUGUUAUAGACAAAAGUAAAUUUGCAUACUAAUGAGAUAGAUGUGUUUAUUUAUUUUUACAUAAAUAUUAAAUCAUGGUGGAAUAUUUGAUACUCUUACUGUUGCCAAUUUUUUUGUGACCCUCACAUUCAGUUAUGUGACCUCAUAUGGGGUCAUUAUACAUAAUUUAAGAAACUUUGCUCUACAGCCUAAUUGCGGAGUGAAGUGGGAAACUGAGGACUUCUCAGAAUAAUAACUGCAGGUAAUUCAAGACUCAGCACCAAGGAUCUGUUAAUCAUUAAGGCUCUGGGAAGAAGAGCAAAAACUUGCUCUUCUAGCAGAAAUACCUGAGAUAACCUGCUUGACCUUCUCUCAACUGCUUAGAGAAGAACCUGACUAAUUAUUUAAUGUCCUGAAGAUAUCCAACAAGUCUCCAAACUAGCUAUCUCUAUUUGUUGAUUGAGAGAGCUUAAGUUAAAACCAAGUCUCAGUUAUUUUAGAAACCUUUAAGCCCUCUGGUUUAAUCAAUUACUUACCUUUAAAUAAAUCUUAUUGUGAGGGAUUAUGUGGUUUCUCAUAAAAUCAUUAACUAAGGUAGAUUGAACCUAUAAUUUAAAUUUUAGUUUAUGAAGGUCUGAUGGAUUUAGGAAAAUUUUAGUUCUUUGGGCAAACUUUACAAUAGAGUGUUUAUACCAGCUCAAACACACUUGGAAGCAUUUGUAAACUUUGUAACAGACUAUCAUAAGCUUAGGUAAACACACCUGCAAUAAGUCAACUAUAUUGGCUUGACUAUAAUUUAACAAACCUUUGCUACUGCCACCUAAACAGGCAGUGAAAAUUAACUAGAUGGGGGAAGAGGAGUCACAAGUUCCUGUAGUUUUUGACUAAUUUUUUGGUCUUUGUGAAACCGAUCUCCUCUCUCUAGAUUUUAGUGAGCAGACUGCCCACUUUUCAAGAGAUUCUAAUAAAGUUUCUGUUCUUCACUUUGAGAAAUCUCCGAGUAGUCAUUUUGAGUUAGGGGUUGCCAUCCCACACAUCGCCAUUUACAAUACUUUUCUAUUAGGAAAAAAUACUUUUAGUUCAAACCUAGGAAACCAGUAACGCAUCUCCUACUCUUGCCAUUGUCUUAAUUUGCCAAAUGAUAGAAACUAUGAAUUCCAUUCAUUCCACAUCUUUUUCCACCCUGACCAAAGCAGUAGCUGUGGAGACUUUCCUGAACUCCUUGUGCCUUAGUAGCUGAGCAGGUAUUCCAAUUCAUCUCACUGUAAUUCAAAAAUAAGGCACAGGACUCUAUCUCUUUUUCCAGGCAGUGGAAAUUAGGACCUCUCUAGGGAAGUAACAAGACUUCUACUGGAUCUAAGAAUUUCUAUUGUAAUUCUUCCAGUGAUGUGUAGGUAGGGAGGUGUAUGUGUAUGUGUGUGAGGGGUAGUGGUGAUAUUUGAAAGCUCUUUUGAGAGCUGGGACUGCUACACUUCUAAUUCAUUUACACAAAAUGAAGUUUAAUUUAGAGCCCAAGACCUUAGAAUGCAGAUAUAAUUUUUUGACAUGGCUUCUGCAGGAGAUCAUUGCCUAUAGGUCACGGUGGUAAAGAUUUCCCAAUGUUCCUCUCCAUAACCCUGUAGAGAGUUUUGCUCUGACUUGGAGGCUAAAACAAGAAGCAAGAACAAGGAAGAACUGGUGUGAGGAAAUCAGGUCACCAUUUCAAGAAAAGAGGAAAUGGAAAUCUUUGAUAAACCAGGAAUUAAAAAUUGCACCAAAUCACAACUGGGAUUAGUUUCUCUGAUGAGCAAAAGAUAUGCUCUUGGGUUGGGCUUUGGAUAGCCCAGAGAAUAAUAGUGCUAAUUAGAUCUGAGAAUAUUUGUGCCUAUUGAUAAUAUAAACUUUGGAAAUAUUCUGUUAUGCUUUCUAAGAGACAGGAUGACUCCUCUCACCUACCUACCCUAAUUUAUUCUUUGUUUUUACCUGGCCUUACACAAUGUGGUGGGAUUAAUAUUUACCCUUCAUAGGCUGGGCUGCUUUUUCUGUAAAAGAGAGUGAAACCUAAUAAAAAAUUUAAUUGGUCAA